AUGGCCCGUCUCAGCCUUUCCAUCUUCGUCCUCUGCCUUUUCCUGGCCCUCAUGGUCUCGGCCAUGCCCGUCAAGCGCGAGAACUCCAGCGGUAACGAGCUGGACGGCACUCUCGCCGAACAGGUCGCAGAACAAUCUCUCGAGUCCGCCAGCGAAAUGCUCGACCAAAUAACCGGCAAGGACGACGACGACAAGAAGAAGCCCGCCCCCAGCGGCACCACCGACAGCAAGCCCUCUCCCUCUGGCACCAAGCACGCAACCGAGUCCCAGACUGCCCCUAAGACCGAGGAGAAGGUGGCAAACACUGAGCCCUCCGCUACCACCCCUACCUCUACCGAGGAGACCCCCUCAACCUCUAGCUCUGCCCCCUCGACCGCGUCCUCCCACGUCGUGAAUGACAACCCGCUCUCGAAGAUCCCUCUUGUGGGUGACUUGUUGAGCGGUGGUGGGUCUGGCUCUCUUACUGGAGGACUGUUGGGUUAA